AUGUCGGAUGCCGACAAGACCCAAUUGCCAGAGAAGGAUAUGUCGACCGAGCCGGCCAACAUCUCUAAUGGCCAGGUGCUCGAAACCGAUGCGGCUGGCUCUCAUUCCAAGCUCAAGUCGAGACACUUGUACAUGAUUGCCAUGGGAGGUUGCAUCGGGACCGCAUAUUUGGUGGGCUCCGGUAAAACCCUCAGCAGAGGCGGCCCUGCCCUCGCCCUCGCCGGAUUCAUCACCAUCUGCUCUGUCGUUUGGGUCUUUUCGACCCUACUUUUCGAGAUGGUGGCCUAUAUCCCGCUGAAUGGGGCAGGUCCGGACUACUAUACAACUCACUUCCUUUCUAAGUCGUUUGGCUUUGCCAUGGGCUGGAACUACUGGUAUGCGUACUCGAUUCUGGUUCCUUUCGAAAUUACCGUUGCCACGCUUGUCAUCCAGUACUGGAAUCCCCCUGUCCCCGACGCCGUCUUCAUCUCUAUUCUCUUUGUGAUCAUUGUUGCCCUGAAUUAUCUGCCAGUUGGAAACGCUGGCGAGGCAGAGUUUGCCUUCUCGUCUCUGAAGCUCACCAUGCUUAUUGGAAUUAUUAUCUUAUCCAUCAUUCUCGCAGCAGGCGGGGGCCUUCAGCUCUCAUUUGCUGCCGAAAUGGUGGCCGUGUGCGGCGGCGAGACCAGGAGUCCCCAAAAGACGGUUCCCAAAGCUGCAAAAGCCUUCGUUGUUCGCCUCAUUGUUUUCUACGUACUCCCCAUUCUGGGUGUCACGUUGACUUGUCCGUCUAAUGCCCCCGAACUGACUUCCGGGGGCGAAGGGGCCGGGUCAUCGCCCUUUGUCGUCGGUAUCAAGGACGCGGGCAUCCAUGUCCUCGAUCACAUCGUGAACGCAGUCAUUUUGUGUUCCGCGUGGUCAGCCGGCAACGUUUACAUGCACUUGGCUUCCCGCUCGAUAUAUUCUCUGGCCACAGCGGGCAACGCACCCAAAAUCUUUACCAAAACCAACCGAUGGGGGGUCCACUACCUGGCAGUGACGAGCUGUACCGUGCUCACCCUCCUGGCGUAUUUGAAUGUCAGCUCCAGUUCUGGCACAGUGUUCACUUGGCUUGUCAACAUGAUCAACAUGGCCGCUUUCUUCUCUUGGAUUCUGCUCUCAUGUUCUUAUAUUCGAUUUCGAGCGGCACUAGAAGUCCAGGGCGUGGACCGUUCAACCCUACCAUUCGUAUCGGUUUGCGGCAAGCCGGGUGCCUAUUUCUGCAUUGUCUUCUUCACGAUUGUCGGUCUCUUGAACGGAUUCUACGUCUUCUUUCCUUCACAGUGGAACGUCUCGGACUUCUUGACUGCCUACAUUGGCACUCUUUUGUUUGUGGUCUUGUAUAUUGGACACAAGCUUACUGUUGGUCGAAAGGAACCUUGGCUGAUUCCUGCCCAGGAGAUUUGCCUGGUGUCUAAGCCUGAAGGAGCGAGCGAGGCAUCCACCCAUGACGACAUUGAGUCUGCCGGGGCAUUCUCUCAGACCUGGAAGAAUCUUUUAGGAAAGUCCAAGUAG